AUGGAUAGUAGGAUCUUUGCACUAUUCGUUUUCGUUGCUGUUCUAGGAUCCUUUACGGAAGCCCAAUUUGGUUAUCCUUACGGAUCUGGAGGACUGCACGCCAACAGACCGUUCGCCACGAUGUCCAGAUUGAGGCGAGAAAUUGACAAUUCGAAUGGUGAGAGUACCACCGAACCUACUACCAGUCAAGAAACGACAACUUCCUCGACAACAGAUCCCACAACAACACCAUCACCGACUACGCCAUCAUCGACCACAUCAUCAUCGACCACACCGUCAUCGACCACACCAUCAUCAACUACACCAUCAUCGACUACACCUCCAACGUCGCCUACAACUCCAUCCACUGAACCAACUACUACACCCACUACUACCACAGAGGCGACGUCUCCCAUGACUACUCCCACAUCCACUACUCCAACAACUCCAUCCACUACGCCUAGCACAACUCCAGAAAGUACGAAACCAACGUCCGAGAAACCGAGCGACAUUCAGCCACGUUCGAAUGUCGACGAACCUGAAGCCUCUACUAAGAAACCUGAACCAGCGUCUAAGAAUGAAGCGCCAACUCCUGGACCAUUUGGCGCUCCCGGAUUUGGACCCGGAUUCGGACCCGGAUUCGGACCUGGAUUCGGACCCGGAUUCGGAUCUGGCGGUUACGAUCCAGGUUUCGAUCCCUAUUCUGGAUUCAAUUCUAUACCAAGUUAUAAUCCGAAUUACGCAUGGACCGGUACAAACAACGGGCCCGGAUUCGCAUCCGCAGGCGCGUCCGCUGGAAGUUUUGGAUAUCCAGGAUAUUCAGGAUAUCCGGGAUAUCCAAUGGGAUUUCCCACGGCGGCUUCACCGACGGGAUCGCCGUCUUUCGGUGGUCGAGGAGGAUUUCAAGAUAAUUUACCUAAUCAGAAUAAUUCACCAAAUAAGGACGACUCACCAAGCAAGGAUAUUUCACCGAACAAGAAUAAUUCACCAAAUCAAAACGGAUACAAUUUCGGUGGAGAUCCGUAUAAUCCAGGACCCGGAUUCGGUUACCCAGGGUUUCCUAAUUUUAAUGAUCCUUAUAAUAUGUUCAAACAAAUUCAGGCACAGAUCGAGGCGCAACAUAAGGCUAAUAUGGAAUUUCACAAUCGUUUGGCCAAUGAAGCCGCUAAUUAUGAUGGCAGAAAUUAUGGUAGCGGCGUACCGCAGGUUGCAAGUUCCAGCAUUGGUUUAGGUCCAUAUGGUGGUUUUCAAUCUGGCCAAAUCAGUCCCGCUUCUCCAGGAAUAGAGUCCAGAUUUGCUGAAGAUCUUCCUCCGCCAUCGGGUAAUAGCUUCGGAGUAUUCUCUAGUUCGAGUUCCUCCAGCAUGACCGGUCCGGAUGGUAGACCGAUUAACCAUAAGUCUUCCAUUACUGGCGUUAAUGAUAAUGGAAAGAUUUCUUAUCGUACUCUGUACGAUUAAUUAAAUUACGCUCUUAAUCGUGUCUAAGUUUAUAAUCAUUAAUUUACUAUCAUGUACUAAAUAGAACGUACCAUGAUAAAGUUUUAUAAUUCAAAAUUGUUGAUGUUACAAAGUAAGGUUGUGACAUAAAAUUUUCGAAACUCAGCCUCAAAUGUUUCUUUAAGAU